AUGGGAUGCAAAGUAUCAUUGAAUCGUGAAAUAAUUAUAAAGAAUCGCCCUGAUUUCAGAAAAUGCAAAAAUCUGAAGAAAGCUCUGUGCACAAUAAGAGAUUUAAAAUUUAACUUAAAGCCAUCAACAAAUCUCAAAGAAGAACUUUUUGAAAUUAAUGAGGUCUGCUCGCUUAUGGAAGAAUCUGAUCCUUCUCGACAAAUGUCUGAAGUUGGUAGCAGCCUUGGAGUGAAUAUUUCAAAGCUGCUUAAAAAAUAG